GCAGCCGUUUUGCAGUUUUCAGACCGUUAAAAUACGCCCGAUUUUGUGUUGCCAUUGCAACAUCUUCCUUCACUAGGAAUCCAAUCAUGGAAGUCGUAGAGGGGUCAGCAUCCUAUGGCAGCUGUGACUAUGAUGCGAUUGCGGCCCAGUAUGAUUCACUCCACAAGGACCCUAAAAGUCUACAGGAGGAUCGAGCAAUUGCGAGAUUCUUGAGAGAGUACCUGGCUCCCGGUUGCAAAGUCCUAGACCUGGGCUGUGGCACCGGGCUAUUGCUGGAGCUGCUAGCCCUGCAGCCGGAGGAUUACCUCGGCAUCGAUCCCUCCGAGAAGAUGUUGGAGGAGUUGCAAAAGAAGUUUCCGGAGCAUGAGACCAGGAAAAAGGCCUUUGGAGCAGAAGAUUUGGAGGAUGUUGAUGUGGCAGUUUCAAUAUUCGGACCCAUCAGCUACGUCGAUCCAGACUUGGUCUUCCAGCUGGUCUCCAGUGGUGUGAACUACUUCCUGAUGUUUUACAAGGAAGGCUACCGACCGGUGACCUAUGACAUGUGCCAAGUGGACUUCCAUCCCUAUCCCUUCCAACGAUACAAUCUUCCAAGUCAAGACUUCGGCAGUUUUUCGGUGGUCACCAACCUCCGCACUCCAGAUGGAUCUUUGGCAUUUCCCCGCCAGUCCCUGCGAAGAGCGGAGCGGGCCAAAACCGAGCCUUCCAGGGUCAAGUUCAAGCCGAGUGGUGGACUUUCUUCCGAACUCGAAAGCUACUACUUCUUGGACGGCGACGUGCCGCUGAAGGGACACGGCAAAGGCAAUGCGAAGGGCAGCGACGUGCCGCUGAAGGGACACGGCAACACCGGGAAUGCGAAGGGCUCGAUCUGGAAUCUUGGUGCUUCCCUAUGCCUGGAAACAAGCUGGCUGGCUCUGUGUGCUUCCUUUCCUCGCGGUGGCGAUGAUGAUGAGCUUCACCCUGCAGACAUGGACGCUCGAGCCAACGAGAUGAAUGUGCCAAUGGUCAGCCGCGACUGGGGGAUGUUGGGUCAGAUGGCUUUCGGAAGGUGUGGCCAGCUGCUGUUCUCUGGUUGUGCCCUUGUGGAUCUUUAUGGCGGCUUGGUGUCAGGCAAUUGCUAUUCCCUUCCCUGUCCACUGCAGUUCUCAGUGUUGGCUGCUUUGGAGUUCUCCUCAUAUUGCUCUUCGUGCAAACUAGGUAGCAUGUUGAUCAUCCUGUCUUGCCUCCUUAUUACCGGUGGCGAGCUGGUGGCCCUUGGCGAGGCGGCGGAGGACCAGGUGAUGGUGAACUGGGCAAGACUUCCCCCAGCAGCAGGGGUGGCCAUUUACACCUUCAUGGUACAUUCAGAGGCGCCCUUGGUCUAUCAGCUGAUGGAGGACCCCUCCCAAUGGAGCCAAGCUGUACUGUGCAGCACGGGCCUUGCGGCGGCAUUUUUUGCGGCUCUUGCAAUGCUGUGCUACAGUUUCUUUGGCGAUGGCACAGCGCAGUCCUUCCCUAUGAAUUUGGGCCGCAGUCCAUUGAACCUGCAGCUGCUACCAGGAGAACUCAACGGUGCCAUGAGUGCCCUCUGCCUGAUCAGCGUGACGCUGAAGUUGCUGGUGAAUGUGCCAUUGCUGGCAGCUCCCAUUCUGGGGCCUUUGGAGGAGUGCUUGCGCCUGGGCUGCUGGAUGAAGGUCCUCUUCUCUCUGGUCACCGCCUGCCUGUGCCUCUUGCUCCACAAUGAUGCAGCCUUUGUGAUCGAACUCGUGGGCAUCGUGCCACAAAACUUCAUUUGCAUCGUGCUGCCGUGCGCGGCCUUGCUGAAGCUGCAUGGAGACUUGGGAGGCUUUCGAAGUUGCAUCCUUUGGUUCCUGAUCGUCAGCUUCGCUAUCUAUGGCCUGGGUGCAACUGUGGCUGUUGUGUUGGAGAAUGCAGCGCAAUUCGAUAUGCUUCCCAGCUCGGAGAGCGGGAAGCCAAUUGGUGGCUUCGCGCGGUCAUGCAAAGAUCGCCUAGGCCCUCUGAAGGGAGCUUACGAGGGUCCCUCUCCCGAGUUUCAACAAGAGAAUCCAAUCAUGGAAGUCGUAGAGGGGUCAGCAUCCUAUGGCGGCUGUGACUAUGAUGCGACGAUUGCGGCCCAGUAUGAUUCACUCCACAAGGACCCUAAAAGUCUACAGGAGGAUCUAGCGAUUGCGGGAUUCUUGAGAGAGUUUCUUGGCAGAUUUGGCAGGUACGUGGCUCCCGGUUGCAAAGUCCUAGACCUGGGCUGUGGCACUGGGCUAUUGCUGGAACUGCUAGCUCUGCAGCCGGAGGAUUACCUCGGCAUCGAUCACUCCGAGAAGAUGUUGGAGGAGUUGCAGAGCAAGUUUCCGGAGCAUGAGACCAAGAAAAAGGCCUUUGGAGCAGAAGAUUUGGAGGAUGUUGAUGUGGCAGUUUCAUUAUUCGGACCCAUCAGCUACGUCGAUCCAGACUUAGUCUUCCAGCUGGUCUCCAGCGGUGUGAACUACUUCCUGAUGUUUUACAAGGAAGACUACCGACCGGUGACCUAUGACACGUGCCAAGUCCAUCCCUAUCCCUUCCAACGAUACAAUCUUCCAAGUCAAGACUUCGGCAGUUUUGCGGUGGUCACCAACCUCCGCACUCCAGAUGGAUCUUUGGCAUUUCCCCGCCAGUCCUUGCGAAGAGCGGAGCGGGCCAAAACCGAGCCUUCCGGGGUCAAGUUCAAGCCGAGUGGUGGACUUUCCGCCGAACUUGAAAGCUACCCCUCGGACAGAGCCGGGCUGCUGAAGGGACACGGCAAUGCGAAGGGUUCGUCCCUGGGGGAAACGAUCGUGACCAUGCUGAAUGCCUAUAUGGGAUCUGGAAUCUUGGUGCUUCCCUAUGCCUGGAAACAAGCUGGCUGGCUCUUUGUGCUUCCUUUCCUCGCGGUGGCGAUGAUGAUGAGCUUCACCCUGUGGCUCACGGGUACUCUCUUCCGCCUUGUGGACGCUCGAGCCAACGAGAUGAAUGUGCCAAUGGUCAGCCGCGACUGGGGGAUGUUGGGUCAGAUGGCUUUCGGAAGGUGUGGCCAGCUGCUGUUCUCUGGUUGUGCCCUUGUGGAUCUUUAUGGCGGCUUGGUGUCAGUACUGAUCUUGGCAUCAAAUCAACUGCAAUUGCUAUUCCCUUCCCUGUCCACUGCAGUUCUCAGUGUUGGCUGCUUUGGAGUUCUCCUCAUAUUGCUCGUCGUGCAAACUAGGCACUUCUCUUCUUUAGCAGUCGUUGGUUUGGGUAGCAUGUUGAUCAUCCUGUCUUGCCUCCUUAUUACCGGUGGCGAGCUGGUGGCCCUUGGCGAGGCGGCGGAGGACCAGGUGAUGGUGAACUGGGCAGGACUUCCCCCAGCAGCAGGGGUGGCCAUUUACACCUUCAUGGUGCAUUCAGAGGCGCCCUUGGUUUAUCAGCUGAUGGAGGACCGCUCCCGAUGGAGCCAAGCUGUACUGUGCAGCACGGGCCUUGCGGCGGCAUUUUUUGCGGCUCUUGCAAUGCUGUGCUACAGUUUCUUCGGCGAUGGCACAGCGCUGUCCUUCCCUAUGAAUAUGGGCCGCAGUCCAUUGAACCUGCAGCUGCUACCAGGAGAACUCAACGGUGCCAUGAGUGCCCUCUGCCUGAUCAGCGUGACGCUGAAGUUGCUGGUGAAUGUGCCAUUGCUGGCAGCUCCCAUCCUGGGGCCUUUGGAGGAGUGCUUGCACCUGGGCUGCUGGACGAAGGUCCUCUUCUCUCUGGUCACCGCCUGCCUGUGCCUCUUCCUCCACGAUGAUGUAGCCUUUGUGAUCGAACUCGUGGGCAUCGUGCCACAGAACUUCAUGUGUGCCGUGCUGCCGUGCGCGGCCUUGCUGAAGCUGCAUGGAGACUUGGGAGGCUUUCGAAGUUGCAUCCUUUGGUUGCUGAUCGUCAGCUUCGCUAUCUCUGGCCUGGUUGCAACUGUGGCGGCUGUGUUGGAGAAUGUGUCGAAUCAGCUGGGACUCGACGUCGCAUAA